GCGGCGGCGGCGCGCUAGAGGACAAUUUGGCACAUUACUUUGCGGACCUCAGACGUGUCCUACAAAAAAUUCCAAAUUAACACAUUAAUAUAUUACAAUUACAACAAGAUAAAGAUACAAUAAAAAAUCAAACAGACUUCGAAUAACAUGUUUUCGCCAUCAAAAUUAAGAUUUAAUUCGAAGUUAUUUAAAAAAAUACUCGAUGUGCGGUCUUCAUACGAACUGUCAAAGGUUCGAUAUUCAGACGACACUCCGGAGAUACUGAAGUUCUACAGCGACACGCCCUGGGAGCUAGACAAGUACCCCAAGUUGAGUGAGGACGACUACACAAGGUUCAUUAGCAAGAGGGCCAUGAAGAGAGAGCCCGCUGUUACACGACAAAUAAGUAAGUUCGAGUACACGUACACGGGCGCACUCUCCGUGCUGAGGCCGUACGAUCCAGAACUGAUCCUAAUCCCAGAAGACGAGAGCGGGAUAGUCCCCGAGACGCUGGAGGCGGUGCUGGAGAGCCGCGCGGCGCGGGGGCUGCGCAUGCCGCGGCUGCUGUACGUGGUGCCCACCGGCAGCAACCCCACCGGCCUCGUCAUCCCCGACCACAGAAAGAAGCACAUCUACGAGCUGGCCUGCAAAUACGACUUCCUCAUUUUAGAAGACGAUCCCUACAUGUUCUUUAAUUAUACUGGAGUGCGCACGGUGUCGUUCCUGUCGCUGGACGUGUGCGGGCGCGUGCUGCGGCUGGACUCGGCCAGCAAGGCGCUGAGCGCGGGGCUGCGGCUGGGCUGGCUCACCGCGCCCGCGCCGCUGCUCGCCCGCGCCGAGCUGCACUCGCAGGCCGAGCUGCUGCACCCCUCCACUCUGUCGCAGGCGAUAAUCCUAUGUCCGGCGCGCUCGCUCCGUCCCGCUCUCGCCGCGGGGGCGCUGUAA